UUUUUUGUAAAGAAAGAGAAGAGUGCAUUGUUCGUUAACAAUGAACAUAUGUAGUGAACAAGAUACUUGUCUCCCCCUCCUGGUUACACGAAAAUAUAAUAUACUCGCAAAUAAGUUUAUCGUAAGCCGGGGGUAGCUCACAAGAAAAUGUAAAAUAACGGGUCAAGUAUGGAGUGUCAAUGAAAGAUAAACAUACCUUUCAAAAAAAUGUGUGGUUUAUCGUACUUCGAGGGUCAAGUUUCGACGGAUCGUUGAUAAAACCGAGGGAAUGACUUCUAUUGAGCAUUUAAAAACUGAAAUUGAACGGCUAAAUAAAGAAUUACAGCAAGCAAGUUGCGAUAAAGUUAGAGCUGCCGAGUAUGGAUUGGCGGUCUUGGAGGAGAAGCAGACUUUACAAGAACAUUAUGACGAAUUGGAAACGCAGUUUGAAAGUAAUAAACAUGAACUGGAAAGCAUAAGAGAGGCUUUAGAACAGCUCAAGUCUGAGCAUUCAAAAGUCAACAGAUUUGGCGAUGCACGAGAGGAAAAUUUAGUUCAAGAAAGCGAAUCCAGGGAAGCUGGAUUGCUUGCAAAGAUAUCGGAACUAGAAGAAGAUCUGAAGGUCUUAAAGAAAAGUGAACGCAGAUCUGCAAAUGAGGUUGAACGAUUGUCCGGACAAAACAGUGGUCUUCUAAAGGAGGUGGAAAAACAACAUGAGGAUUUGAAAAAGGUGAAAGGAGAUCUUCGUGAGUUCAAGAUUCGCAAUGCGCGUCAAAAUCAGGAAUAUGCUGAACUUGAAGAGGAGAACACAAACCUACAAUCGCAGCUUUCGGCGUCGAAGUCAAAGCUUGUUGAAUACGAGGCAUUGAAGGUAGAAAAUAGCACGCUUCGUGAGGAAAUGGACGUUAUGAAGGUUCAAAUUCAAAUGUCCUCAGGCAGAACGGAGGAAUACGAAAAACAGUUAAAUGAAACUCUGGAGACUUUGAAAGAACAACGCGAGCGAAAUACUCAGUUACAGAAAGAGUUACAGGAACGAACUCAGUUACCAAGUGUGGAAACCUGGGCGAUGGAAACGAGGGAUUUAGCUAGCAUUGAUUCCUCGGACGAUGAACAUCCAUUGGUUAAGAAAAUCACAGAAGAAUACCAUCAAACGUCAGCAGAACCAAAAUCCCCGGCACCGGGACUUGUGGAUGAUCUCAUGAAAGAAUUACACUGUACCGAGUUACGUGAUCUUGAAGUUCAGUUGACACAGCUUAACAGCGAGAAAACUGCUUUGACCAAUGCGCUUGCGCAACGCAAUAAGGAAGUUUUGAAACUGAAAGAAGAAUUCAGUGCAUUUUCGACCAUACAAGAUUCACGUGAACUUCGUAGGGAAAUUCAAGGUUCCACACCAUCUACCGAAGACGAUGUUUUUGUCUUGAGUAAUCAAAUUAAAGAACUAGAAGAAAUGAAGAAACUCGUCAAGAAUUACCAACAAAAGAACGCCAAAGAUCAAGUGACGAUUAAGAAUCUGCACGCGGAUAACGACAAAAUAAAAGGUGAAAACGCUUCGCUAAAAAGUAAGGCGGACGAGGCAGAAUUCCUGUGUGGCAGAGUAAAAGAAUUGGAAGAGAAUCUUAUCAAUUAUAAAACAAAAGACGAAGAGUCUGAAGAUAUAAUACGCACCCUUCGAGAAGACGUGAACUCUAUGACAUCACUUGCGGGCGAAGCUAAAGGAAGUCUGACCUGCACUCAGGAUGAAUUAAAGUUAGUGAGCGAAGAUUUGGCAAAGUUGUAUCAACAAGUUUGUACUGCUAAUGGUGAUACACCUAACCACAUUGUUCUUGAACACCUCAGAACACUUUCACCCAAAUACAAAAAAUCUGACAAAAUAUACGGUCGAAUACUGAAUGGUGAUGUGAUGGAUUCAUCAAGUGACGCGAAAGAUAUCUUCAUCAAAAAUGGUGGCGAGAAAAAUGAUGAUGUGGAAGUGCACAAUGAUGAAUUGACUGAAGAGGAAUCAAAUGGCGAUCCUCUGGCCUGCUAUAAACUUAUAUCAGCCGUGCGCGAUCAGGUUCGAGUCUUAAGGAAAGCUGUUGAAAAAACCGUCGAUAUCUCGCGCGAACAUCGCGAGGCACCCUCGCUUCUCGUGGGAGGUGAAAUCGACAAUAUCGCGUCUAGUGACGAUAGUUCAUUGCAAAAUCAAAUUUUGAAACUUCAGCAACUUGCAGCUUCCAAACGCGAGCAAAUAACAACCUUGCGUACGGUCUUGAAGGCAAAUAAAUCAACAUAUGAAGUUGCCUUAUCAAACUUAAAGAGCCGAUACGAGGAUGACAAGGCACUUCAAAACGAGGUCAUUACCAAACUAAAAAGAAACUUGAAAUCAAUGCAAGCUGAGUCAGCUACCUUCCAAUCGCUGCGAAGCAUGUUCGCCCAGCGUUGCGAGGACUAUGUUGCGCAGGUUGACGAACUUCAACGACGAUUAACGGCCGCUGACGAAGAGAAGAAGACGCUGAAUCAUUUACUUCGAAAAGCCAUACAUCAAAAGAUUGCUCUUACACAGAGGCUCGAGGAAUUUGAGUUGGCACGCGAACGUUUACGUGCUUACACGAGACGAAACUUCAAACAAGUUCAAUCUAAACCAAGUACUCGAGUAUAGUGUUGGCGUGUUGUUAUACACGAUGACGUAGACAAACGCGUGGUCAGCGCGUGCGUCAUCGCGACAUUGUACAAGAAAACGCGUGGUCAUUGCGAUUUUAGUCCCGCGAGAAAAGAGUUGGAGGAUUUUUAGUUGUAGUAUAGCUUAUAUACACUUAAGUGUUUUAAAAAAUUGACAGUUUUAAAGUUAUCAAAAACUUGUAUAUACAUAUAUAUAUCAUAGCAGAUUUUAUCUUGAGUUAUACAUUUUUAACUAUUCGUGAAAAACAAAGAUGAUAUUUCUUUCA